CUUAAUUCCGUUACUUGGUCACACUCCGGCUUGUAAACACGUGCAGUUGCAAUGGGAAAAGUCCGAAAAGUAAAAACACGGACGCCUUCAGGCGUGGACACCUCGGCUGACCUGGAGCAGGCCCUGGACUCGGAUGCGGCGGGUGAGUCGGCGGGCUGCGGUCCCAUCGAAGCGAUCUGCGUGCACCUGCAGCGUUCGGAUGUAGAGGACAAGCUGAACGGACUGCACUCCUUCGCCGUGCUGGCGCUGCGCAAGGAGAAGGUGCGUGAGAUUUGCGGCAGCGAACUGGCCCGAAUUGCGGCGCCCCUGCUGUGUGACAAGGACAGCGCCAUCCGCAAUGCGGCGGCUGGUGCCUUUCGAAACUUAUCCGUGUUUGGCACGGAAGUGUGCGACUUUCUCGUGGAAAGCGACAUACUGACCGCCCUGCUGACGCUCAUCCGGGGCUAUGAUCUGACCCAAAACGGGUUCGAGAACGAACUACAUGCGGACACCUUUCUGCAGGCGAUACAUGUGCUCCGCAAUUUGUGCGAGAGCUCGCCCACGGCCACAGAAGCCUUCAAUCAGGCAAACUUCCUUCCCAGUCUGCUGAUGGGCUUCGAUUACCGGAAAUUCGGCCUGGAAGUUGCCAUUUCGGUGGCCCAACUGGUGCUGGUGGUGUCCGAGAACAAUAGCAGCUCGUGGAACGUUCUGGCCAGCAGUAGCAUACUACCAGAGCUCCUGACCGUUCCCGCCGAGAGCCAUGCACAGCUUUACCUCAACGCCCUGGCCGCUGGAAUCUUGUGCAACGUGCCCGCCUGCUCGGCGGCCCACACUCGCGAGAUCCUCAACAGCCUGGACAAACUGCUCACCAUCGAUCCGCAGGUCCAGCUGUUGAGCUGCAAAGCCGAGAUACAGAAUUCCAAGUCAAAGAACGAAGCACCCGUGCUGGAAAUCUCAAUGGAGACGGAGGAAAUGGCGGAAGCACAGAGCGUCAAUCAGUCCAAGCCAAAUCAAUGCGAUGCUGAUGUGACACUCAAGAACCUGGAACACUUGCUUGACGCCCAGCGACUGGUGGCGGAGAUUAUCACGAAUCUGGGCUCCAGCGACGACCAAAGCAACUGGGGUACGGAUAGCGAGCAGUCGGAGACCGAAAGCGUGGCCGACUUCGACAUGGAGGACGAGGCGGUUGAUAGUGGUGCGGGUGGAUUGCCCGCCAACUUCUUGGAGACCAUCAAAGAGAACAAGGUGGUCGAGAAGCUGUGGCAAAAGGCACAGCCCUUGGAUCCUGCCCUGGAAAAACUUCUGGGCGACCAAGGGGACAUCAAGGAGAAGGUGGUCAAGUUGCGGGUGUCUUAUUUGAUCUGCCUUCAGAACCUAUGCAAUGUGCUGGCGGCAGAAGAUUUGGGCGGCCACAGUGACGUCUACAACAUGUGGAUGACCUUGGGCCAGCAGGCCUUUAAGGGUACCGAAGAUGUGGCCGUUCUGGAGGCCAUCACCUCGCUGAUGCGCUCUUCACUGAGUUUGCUUAAGUCGCACAGGGAUCUCUUUGGUCAGAUGACCGAGAAUGACCUGAACAUGAUUAUCGAGGGAGCCAGCAAGUGUACAGAUUUGAAUAUACGUGUGAACUGGAACCGCAUGCUGGGCACCUUGGGUUCCCUUCUCUCAGAGCCACUGGUUAAGGUUAUAGUCCAAUUCCUGUUGACUUCGUGCGCCAGGGAGGAGGACCUGUGGGCCAUGUCCGAAGGACUAGACGGUCUCAUGGACAUUUUCGCCGUGGACGACUGGCCGCAGAUCAUCGCAGAGCUGGAGAUGUGCGAUCGCGUCCAGGCACUGGAGGAGUUGUUCAAGUCAAAGCUGCGCCAACAGCGACGCGAGCUGAAGGAGCGACGGGCCACUAUUUACACUGUAAAAACUAACUUUGCACGCUUCGUUUCGUAUCUGAGCAAGAACUGUAAACAAUAAAAGCAAACUGACGACAA